GCUGAGUCCUAUUCCGUGGGCCGGGCGUACAGGACAGAACGGCAACAAUCCCUCCACACUCGUGCGGAAUGGGAUGAUUGAAAUGAUCAUAUGGAAGUUGCAUGUUGUGGGUCGGUGGCAUGAAACGUCGAGGCCGCGCUGUAGAUCUUGGACUCGACCCCAUGUUUUGUCGUUCCUGGAUGAAAAGGGAAUUCAUGCGACGAGCGUGUUCCUUUCGUGUCAGUUCGUGCGCAAGUGACUCCCUCCGAGAUCAUGAGUCCAUCGCAAACUGGGCCAAGUCGACCACGCCGUGGUGGAGCGAGAUGUGUCAGCCGGUCGAUGUCGACAACGUGCGGAAGAGACCACGCGUGCAGGUGUUGAUGGAGUGGAUCGUGUCGUCGUCGGAAUUGCGAGUGGAAUCGAAGCCCCGAAAUGACGUAGCUCCCUACAGUUUUUUGGCGUGGAAUUUCUUGACGAUCAUCGUCUAUCUGAGAGAGGCGUUGGAGAUCUUACGACACGCAUGGGAAAUCAGCUCUCCCUGGGUCGUGCAUCUUCCUUCGUUGAUUUCCUAUAAUAAUCAUCAUCACCCUGCUUGAAGCCGCCUUUCUGUCGGACAUCAAUCCCAACAGACGCGCCAUUCCCUCAAGAACCCACAGCCUGCCUACUCAGGUCGACCUUCGAACUCAUCCUCCGGUCCCGAAAGAAACAAGAAAAUAACACCAACAAACAAGCAUUCCUACAGCAUUCCCGACAUGUCGACCUCCCAAAUCUCCUCCGCCGCCCAACGCGCCUUCACCGCCGCCGCCGCCUACGACACCCACCGACCCUCCUACACGUCCCCCUCGGAAGCAGAUGCCUCAUCCUCCUCCU